UGAUUUGACUAGUAGUGUAUUUCUGUGAUGUUAUUUGUUCUCCACAUCACUAGAGGGCGACACACCAUCUCGAGGUGACUAAGAAAACAGUCAAAAGUCAAAGGUUACAAGCAAGAUGGCGGCGAGCAAACGUGUUCUUUAUGUUGGUGGUCUCGCCGAGGAGGUGGACGAGAAAGUGUUGCACGCUGCGUUUAUUCCCUUCGGUGAUAUCACAGAUAUUCAGAUCCCGUUAGAUUAUGAGACAGAGAAGCACAGGGGCUUUGCAUUCAUCGAGUUUGAACUGGCAGAGGAUGCAGCAGCUGCCAUUGAUAACAUGAAUGAGUCGGAGCUGUUUGGCAGAACCAUCAGGGUGAACAUCGCCAAACCCAUGAGAAUUAAAGAGGGCUCCUCUCGACCAGUGUGGUCGGAAGACGACUGGCUGAAGAAGUUUUCAGGGAAGACUGUUGAGGAGAGUGAGGCGGCGGAGUCAGCCGCAGAAUCAGCCAGCACAAAUACACAAGAGGGAGAACCUCCAGCGAAAAAAGGCAGAACUAACCCACAGGUCUACAUGGACAUCAAGAUCGGCAACAAACCUGCUGGCCGGCUGCGCUUCCUCCUGCGAGCAGACGUUGUGCCCAUGACUGCAGAAAAUUUCCGUUGUUUGUGCACGCAUGAGAAAGGCUUUGGAUUCAAGGGUAGCAGCUUCCAUCGAAUCAUUCCUCAGUUUAUGUGCCAAGGUGGAGAUUUUACCAACCAUAAUGGCACUGGGGGGAAAUCCAUUUAUGGACGCAAGUUUGAGGAUGAGAACUUUGUCCUAAAACACACACAACCAGGUCUGCUGUCGAUGGCAAACUCUGGUCCCAACACUAACGGCUCGCAGUUCUUCAUCACUGUUGAUAAGACAGACUGGCUGGAUGGCAAACAUGUGGUGUUCGGAGAGCUCGUAGAGGGCAUGGAUGUACUCCGGGCCAUGGAGGCUCAGGGAUCAAAAGAUGGGAAAACCAAACAGAAAGUCAUCAUUUCCAACUGUGGAGAGUUGGUGUGAAUUCAACAUAGUGUGUGUGUGUGUGUGUGUGUGAGUGUGAGAGGUUUUUUUUUUUUUGGGGGAGUAC